AUGCCGAUGGACAGCUUCUGCAAUCAUAUCAACAGUUCGUCUACAGUGAUCAGCACCCUCAAGCAGGCCUUCCCGACAGUUUUCAACGAUGCUCCGGGAGUGUGUACUAAGGCAAAGGUGCACCUCACAUUGAAGGAAGGAGCAAAGCCUGUGUUCCGACCGAAGAGACCAGUAGCGUAUGCGAUGUACAAGACUGUCGAUGAAGAGUUGGACCGUUUGGAAAAUGCUGGAAUCAUAACACCGGUUGAGUACUCGGAGUGGGCAGCUCCGAUUGUCGUCGUGAGAAAAGCAAGCGGAGCAGUGAGGAUUUGCGGUGAUUAUUCAACAGGGUUAAACGACGCACUACAGCCGCACCAAUAUCCUCUCCCGCUGCCGCAAGACAUCUUCGCCAAACUGGCAAAUUGUAAGGUAUUUAGUCAAAUCGAUCUCUCUGACGCAUUUCUACAGGUUGAGGUGCAUGAGGAAUCCCGAGAAAUGCUCACUAUCAAUACGCAUAAGGGGCUCUACAGAUACAACCGACUUCCGCCGGGAGUUAAAGCAGCGCCUGGCGCUUUUCAGCAGCUAGUGGACACCAUGCUAGCGGGAUUGGAGGCCACGUCAGGCUAUCUCGACGAUGUCUUAAUUGGUGGUGUAGACCAAGAGGAUCACCACCGAAAUCUUGUGAAAGUUCUCCGUCGACUACAAGAAUAUGGAUUCACCAUCAAAGCGGAGAAGUGUUCGUUUGGCCAGCAGCAAAUCAAAUACGUUGGUCACCUUAUCGAUAAACAUGGCCUACGUCCGGAUCCGGCCAAAAUAAAAGCGAUCCGUGACAUGCCAGCUCCGACGGACGUUUCAGGAGUGCGUUCUUUCCUAGGGGCAAUUAAUUAUUAUGGCAAGUUUGUCCCUAGCAUGCGAACUCUUAGGUAUCCACUCGAUGAGCUGCUCAAGAAUGGAAAGAAGUUCGUCUGGUCGUCCGAUUGUCAACAAGCCUUCGAGAACUUCAAAAAUAUUUUGUCAUCCGAUUUGCUACUUACGCACUAUAAUCCGGCACUCGAAAUCAUCGUUUCGGCGGAUGCAUCUUCCAUCGGAGUCGGUUCCACGAUAAGCCACAAAUUUCCGGACGGAUCUAUCAAAGUUGUCCAGCAUGCAUCCAGAGCAUUAACAUCAGCUGAGCAAGCAUACAGCCAACCAGAUCGCGAAGGACUUGCGAUAAUAUUCGCCGUAACCAAAUUCCAUAAAAUGGUUUUCGGUCGAAAAUUUACGUUGCAGACGGAUCAUGCUCCGUUACUUCGGAUCUUCGGAUCGAAAAAAGGAAUUCCCGUCUACACAGCUAAUCGGUUACAACGCUGGGCGUUACAGUUACUGAUGUAUGACUUCAAGAUCAUCUACGUCAACACAGAUAAAUUCGGAAAUGCAGAUGUAUUGUCGCGGCUGAUUGAGCACCAUGUUAAGCCGGAAGAGGACUUUGUGGUGGCUAGCGUUGUGCUGGAAAAGGACGUCAUGGCUCUAGCAACAAGUUCAAUCGACGCGCUCCCACUAAGCUUCAAGAUGAUUCAACAUGCAACACAUUACGAUCCAGAUCUCGGAAAAAUCUACCGCUUCAUUCAAGAAGGUUGGCCCCGAUCAAAAUCCACUAUCACACGCCGAGAGAUCAAAUGCUUCUAUGAUCGCCGAGAUUCCCUAUCGACCGUACAAGGUUGCAUCAUGUUCGGUGAGCGACUGGUGAUCCCGUCGAGUUUCCGAAAGCGUUGCCUGCAUCAUCUUCACCGAGGUCAUCCAGGAAUGCAGCGUAUGAAAGCAAUUGCACGUAGCUAUGUCUACUGGCCGUCGCUGGAUGUGGACAUCGUGGCUCACGUCAGUUCCUGCCAUCAUUGCGCAGCAGUAGCUGGACCGAUUGAAGGAGAAUAUUUUCUACUGAGCGUCGAUGCCUACUCCAAGUGGGUUGAAAUAUUCAAAACCAAAUCAACUACUGCUUUCACUACCAUCAACAUGCUUCGCAGCUUGUUUGCCCGUCUCGGUAUGCCUGAAACAUUGGUUAGCGACAAUGGUCCACAGUUCGCCAGUGCCGAAUUCGACAAGUUCUGCUUAGAGAAUGGUGUCAACCACAUUACUACAGCACCGUAUCACCCACAAUCAAACGGGCAAGCGGAAAGAUUUGUGGACACCUUUAAAAGAUCAGUGAAGAAAAUUAGAGAGGGGAAAGGAGCCAUCCAGGAAGCAUUAGACAUAUUUCUAAUAACCUACCGAACAACGCCGAAUCCAGCUACACCGGAAGGUAAAUCACCAUCGGAAGCAAUGUUUGGGCGCAAGAUUCGCACCAGCCUAGACUUGCUGCGUCCGUCAACCGUUCCGGCCGUUGAAUCCACUAUAGAAGCAAAGAUUCACCGGAGAUUCAAAAAUGGUGAUUGUGUAUAUGCGAAGGUUUACUCUAACAACCAGUGGAGAUGGACACCCGGAGUUGUUUUGGAAUCGAUUGGGCGUGUUAUGUUCAACGUGUGGGUGGAAGAUAAGCGCAUGAUUCGUUCACAUCUCAACCAACUACGAACUCGUGCCAUCGGUGACAAGCCGUCAGCGAAGCCAGUUAAGAGCAAUGCUAAGCUGCCGUUGGACAUUUUGCUGAAGGCGUGGAAUCUGUCUAGAUCGCAUACCAGUGCAAGCGAUAUCACCACGUCAUCGCCACUACCUGUGCUUUCGUCAGUAACCGCCGAAUCACCGUCAACAGUGCUUGGAGUACCAUCCGAGCAGUCCACACCGUUGCAGCCUGCAGCGCCAUCCGAAGCACCCGCGCGAGUGUGGGUGUCUCCAAAAGCAGAUACGUCAUCAGCGUCUUCGUCUUCGUCAUCAUCCUCCAGUUCAAGCUCUGUACCGUCAUCGUCAUCAGAGUUCCUAUCAGCCAAUGAAACCCCUACAGCUGUCCGGGAACCUCGUCGCUCUUCUCGCUCUAGAAGACCGCCGAUUCGGUUUGAUCCCUACCAGCUGUAUUGA